UCGACGCGCUCCUCCAGUUCAACCUCAACCCGGCCGCAGCUGUGCAUUAGCUUUCCCCAGCCCACACCAUGGGUCGGUGAGCGAGUCCAUAUCAGCAAGCAGGUCGCGUGCGUGCACGAGGGGAGGGAGGGCUGUACAUUUUCCCGGUCCGAAACGCAAGCCGUGCCCGGGCGGGCCGUCCUAUAAAACGUCUGCUCGGCCGGGCGGGCGGGAGCGUCUCCCGGAGCCCACCGGCCUUCCGUUCCGGCUCCUCGCCACCGCCGCGGGGGAAGGAACUAGGAACCAGACCGGCGCCGGCGAAGCGCGUCCGGAUGGCGGAGGAGCGGCACGGAUCAAGUGCUAGUAAAGUAACCUCGUCUGCUCUGUUUUCUUCCGGGGGCCGAAGCUGCGAGCAUUACAGGCGAGGGUGCCGGGUCGUGGCGCCCUGCUGCGGCGAGGUCUUCGGCUGCCGCCAUUGCCACAACGACGCCAAGAACUCGCUCGAGGCCGACCCGCGCGACCGCCACGAGAUCCCUCGUCACGAAAUAAACAAGGUGAUCUGCACACUCUGUUCCAAAGAACAGGAUGUGCAACAGAAUUGUUCUAACUGUGGUGCCUGCAUGGGGGAAUACUUCUGUGAAAUAUGCAAAUUCUUUGACGAUGAUUUAUCAAAGGGCCAAUACCACUGUGAUGGAUGUGGCAUAUGCAGAACUGGUGGUGCAGAUAACUUCUUUCACUGUGACAAAUGCGGGUGUUGCUACAGCAACGUCUUGAAGGAUUCUCACCGCUGCGUGGAAAGAGCAAUGCAUCACAACUGCCCUGUCUGCUUCGAGUAUUUGUUCGACUCCACGAAAGACAUCAGCGUGCUGCAGUGCGGACACACAAUUCAUCUGGAGUGCAUGAAUGAGAUGAGAGCGCACCAUCACUUCUCGUGCCCUGUGUGCUCGAGGUCCGCCUGCGACAUGACUGACACGUGGCGGAAGCUCGACGAGGAGGUCGCGGCAACGCCGAUGCCGGAGAUCUACCUGACGAAGAUGGUGUGGAUCCUGUGCAACGACUGCAGCGCGACGUCGAGUGUGCGGUUCCAUGUGCUGGGGCAGAAGUGCCCCGGGUGCAGCUCCUACAACACCCGGGAGACGAGGGCGCGCUGAGCAGAGGCCCCGGCACAGACGUCGAGGAGGUUCAGUUCAGUCGAAGCCCGAAGUGUCCAUGUCAGUCCACCAGCUGCUACAUCAUGGUCCAGGAUGCAGUUUAUAGCGCGCUUCAGUUCCUGCGAUUCAUGCCGGGAAGGCGCGCUGGCUGCAGCACAGCAUGAGAGGAGAAACAUUGGAAGAAUGUUCAGAGAAUCACUGUACUGAGCCAUAGCCUCACUGUAUUUGAUAUGGCUGAGUACUGGAGCAAGUGAAUUGAAUUACAUGAGCCUCAUCCAGGCCAUGAACGUGUAUCGACCAGAAAUUGGGGAUUUUACAGGAACUAGCAGAGAUGCACGUGUGGCACGCACGUGUUUAAAAAAACGCUCCUGAUCACAUGUGCUACAUUCAUAAAACAUAUGUAAAAAUAUCGGAUGUAUAUUCAACAUUUCCCACAUAGUUUGAGAUUUCAAUAUCUCA